GAUUGUUUUAAUUGAAAAGCAUUCAAGUUUUUUAAAAAAGGACUUUUUUUAAAAUGGGGCAACGCAACAAAUUGACGUGCUGGUAAAGAACCUUCGGGUUGUCGCGCUCUCGGUUUCACCGUAGCGUUUCCAAGCAGCUGGCGGUAGGCCCCGCCCUCUUUCGCUGUCGCUCUCGCGCUUUCGUUUUGCUUUGUCCCGCAUGCCACGCCGUAGCUGUUGGCCCUCGGAAACAUGGCGGCGGCCAUAGGCGGCGGCUGCGAGGCUCCAAUACGUCUCCGCCUGCUCUUCGAUUACCCGCCGCCGGUGACUCCGGCCUGUGGGCUGUGUUGGCUGUUGGUGGAGCCUAAUCAAGUGCGCCUCAUCACUGACCUAAUCAGCCUCAUUCGGGAGAAGUUCGGCUUUAGCCGCCGCGCCAGGCUCAGCCUCUUUCUCGACGGGGCGCUCCUGCCGCCCACCGAGAGCGCCCGGUUGGUGCGGGACAACGAUUCUCUUCGAAUCAGAUUGGAGGAGAUUGUUGGAGUGAACAGUUACAACACAGUCACCAAUGGUUCUAGUACCUUGUCAAAAAAACAAAGAAAGCGACAGUGGAAAUUGGAGGCAAAGGACUCUGAAAAUGAAGAUAAGGAGCCCAACAAAAGUAAAAGUAAAUGGAAUUUUGAGCACCAAGAAGAAAAAUCUACAAAUAUUCAAGAUUCUGUGACAUUGAGGAAAAAGAAAAAUGCGGCACCUCAGAGGAGUCCUAUGAUGGACACUGAGAGUAGUAAUUCUCAUUCCAAGAAACCUAGGGGAAAAAAUGAGCAGAGGAAAGGGCAGGAUGCAAAGAAGAAAGCAAGUACAUUUCCAUCAAGGAGCACCUCCCAGAAGACUGAGAAAAAUCUCAGUCAAAAAAGCACAAAGGGAAACACAACAGCACAAUCCAACGCAAAGAAAGGCAGAUUCUCUAGUGAAUCCUCUACAUCGUCAUCUGAUAGCGACUAUAAUAUACCAGGCACAAAACAGACCAACACACCUGCGCCUAAAGGGACAUCGCAACACAUUAAGAAAUCACCAUUGGCGUCUUUAAAAAAUCUUCCUGCUGGGAAACCUAAAGACAAUGUUUCUCUUAAAACGGGACAAACCAAGGAAACCAAGUGCCAGUCCUCUAGUUCAGAUUCAGAUUCUAGUUCGGAGGAAGAGCAGCAGAGCAGUAACCUGAGAAAUAAGCUACCAUAUCAGAAGCAAGAAACGGCGACAGGCCAUUCUUCAAAGGCUGAGCCUAAAAGCUCCUCAUCGGAAUCUGAUGAUAGCUCUGAAUCUGAGACUUGUGCUUUAAAGAAACAGAAGGCAAAUGCCACAGGCAAUCUGUCUGUCACAGGGAAUGAUGACAAACAACUUUCCGAUAUCUCUUGUGGGCUAGUUUCAAACCUGAGGGAAAACGGAAAGGGGCGCGGUAGAGGAGAAACCCCCUUUUGGAGAGGACCUAGAGUUCGUGGAUGCCGUAGGAUGACCAGGGAUAGGGGAAGGGGAGAACGCGCUCAUUUUUUCUAUAAUGACAGUAGCGAAAACCAGAAACAAAAACAGUUAAACGAAGCAGCCACAAAUGCCUCUGUUAUUAUUCAGAAUCCCGUGGAAGCUCCGAAAAAGGACUACAGCACACUACCUCUCUUAGCUGCUCCCCCACAAGUAGGGCAAAAAAUUGCCUUUAAGCUUUUGGAAUUAACCGAAAAUUAUACUCCUGAAGUAUCCGAUUACAAGGAAGGAAAAAUUGUCAGCUGGAAUCCUGUUAAUAAGCAGCUAGACCUUGAAAUCCUUUCUUUUUCUUCUGUAGCAAAAGAGCCAGGGAAAUUUGAUCUGGUUUAUCAAUCUGAAGAGGGUGAUGAGACAAUUGAAUAUGCCGUAUCUCAGGACAGGAAGAUAACUCAGAGUUGGGAGGCAUUAAUUGAACCCAGAUUAAUAAUUGACUCUCCAAGUAAUGAAUCUGACCCCAAAAAGGAAUCCCUUCAGACAUGAACUUGCCUGGCCCUCAGCUGUGAAUAUAGUAUGCCUGAACUGUGUGUAAAUGAAUUUUGAAGGAUUUUUUUUUUCAGUUUCUGUAGACGGCAUAUACAUAUGCUUUUUCUAAAUAAAAAAAUUAUAACAUGAAUAA